AUGUCACCUCCCAACAUGCAGUCCUCCGGCCGCGGCAAAAACUUCGAUCUCAAACAAGCAGUCCUGCUGUAUACGCCUUCCGGAUCCCCGCCCGCUCUGCCCCCUCGACCUCGAAAGAGACGCCUCGAAAAGCGCCUCAAUUUUCUUGAUCUCCCCGGUGAAAUCCGCAACCAAAUCUACGGAGCCGUCCUUUACAUAUGCGAAAAUUUCCGCGACACAGUUCCCCUUCAGUUCACCUGCCGACUAAUCCGCACGGAGUUCCGGUCCUUCUGCUUACUGGAAUCUGUCGAGGAGCGCAUAUGUACGCUAUUGUGGGGUGAUGUCGAAUCCAUUACAAGCGACACGGUGUGUGAUUCCGGUUCCGAUACAAGCGACAUAGUGGGUGAUUCUGAAUCCGCUACAAGCGACGUAGUGGGUGAUCCCGAUUCCGCUACAAGCGAAGUUGAGGAUUAA